AUGCCCCAUACGCGCUCGCAGGGACCGCCGCCGUUGCUGUUUGCACUCAAGUCUUCCUUCUCGUCUUCUACGUCCGAGGUACGUGCUUCUAGCUCUACUUCAUUUUCACAGUCCACCCCAGCUUUCGAUUUUACACCAAAGUCUUCACCCCACAAUUCCCCGCCACCCACCCGUCCACCUAGUCCACCACCCGUAGCUCACAUGGCCCGUAGGACAGUUUACGACCAGGCUACCACCGGCUUCGCCGGUGGUAAUUCCCCCAUCACCCUUCCCGAGAUCCCGAAUGAUCGCUCUUGGCAGAUUCCAUCCUACAUUAUGACCGCCAUCACCAAUUCCUGUCAGUUCCAUGGUCGUGACGACGAGGAUGCACCCGCCCAUAUCAAUCGCAUCACUCGUCUUUGCAGCACCUUCUCCAUCGAGGGUGUCAAUCUUGAUGCUAGGUAUCUUCAGGUUUUUCCGUUCUCACUUGCUGGACGCGCAGCCGUCUGGUUCGAUUCCCAGCCUGCUGGCACUUUCACUACUUGGGCAGGCCUUCGCGAUGCAUUCUUAGCCAAGUAUUUUCCGCCAGCCAAGGCAUCUCGCCUUCGUGACCAGAUCCACUCGUUUCGUAUGGAGCCAGAUGAGCCUUAUCACUUAGCUUGGGAGCGUUUUCAGACCCUGAUUACCCGUUGUUCUCGGCAUGGUCUAUCUGACUGGGCGUUAGUAGAGAAGUUCUACAAUGGACUUACUCCUGAGAUUAGGGCUCGUUUCGAUACUUCAGCAGGAGGUCAGCUUAUGGGAAAGAAGACAGUGGCGGAGUGCAAUGAUUUGUUUGAGAGUUUUGCCCACUCUGAUAUGGACUAUAGCACUACCAGCAGGACUUCCAUUCCUGUGCGUACCACCUCGGCCGGUCGAGGGGUAAACCAAGUUGGCUUGGAUUCAUCGGUAGCUGCUGCAGUCGAGAGAGCGAAGGAGGAGUUGAGGCAAGAGAUGAGGCAGGAGUUGAAUGAGAUAAAGAAGAAAGUCGAUAGGUGUGAGGUUUGUCGAGGAGGACAUGAUACUAUAGAUUGUCCUACGAUCACUCUUGAGCAGGUAGAGUACAUAGCCGGUCAGUCUAGGGGUCCCACGAAUCCGUUCAAUAAUUCUAAUUCCAACUGGCGCGGUAGUGGUAAUUCGAGUGGUUAUCGUUCGUCUGGAAAUCCUCCUGGAUUUCCAUCUGGUCAGUAUCUGAGUAGAGGGCCCGGUAUUUACACGAAUUCUGGUUCAAGGCAGUUUAGUGGGUCAGGUUCGAGUGGUCAGUUUAUGAGUGGAGGACCGACUCAGGAGAGUCAGGGUAGUGGGAAGGCUCCUGAGGAGCAAACUAACAAAAACAACGAGCUUCAGUUCAAGAAUCAGCAGGCCGCCCUCCUCGAUCUUCAGAGGACAGUAGGCGGGCUUGCUAAGCAGUUACAGGAGCACCCGCCGGGUCAGUUUUCGGGAAACACUUUCACGAAUCCCGCAAAUCAGUCAGCGAAGGCGAUUACGACCCGUAGUGGGAAGAGUUUGGGAGAGGUUGUGAGAGAAAGAGAAGUUGAAGAGGUAGAAGAGGAGGUCGAUGAGGAGAUCGAGAUGGAGGCUCCAGGCAAGGUGCACACGAGGCUAGCCCCAGCAAGUACCGAACACGCCGAGGAGUCGCCAGUAGAGAAGAGAGUGGAGAAGCAGCCGACGAAGGUUCGGUCAUCACCAGUGAUUGAUUAUUCUCGUCUUACGUUCCCCGCCCAUGCCAGGCAGCAGAAAUAUGCUCAGGAGUACGGGAAAUUCCUCGAGAUGUUUACUCAGUUGAAGAUCAAUCUUCCGUUCAUCGAGGCCCUUCAGUCUAUGCCUAAGUACGCAAAAUUCCUUAAAGAUCUUUUGAAGCGUAAGGAGAGAAUCGGUGAGCUUUCGAAUAUUCCAUUGACAGGAGGCUGUUCCGCGGUAGUCUUGAAUAAGCUACUAGAGAAGUUGACCGACCCUGGCACAUUCACGAUUCCAUGUCUCUUUGGGGGAGCCGUUACCCCUGCUCACGCCUUAGCCGAUUUAGGGGCCAGCAUCAAUCUGAUGCCAUUCUCGUUGUAUGAGCGACUUGGUCUAGGAGAGCUUACACCCACGCGCAUGUCAUUGUCCUUGGCUGACCGAUCAGUCAAGUAUCCUCGUGGGAUAGUAGAGAAUUUGUUGGUGAAGGUCGAUAGGUUUGUGUUCCCAGUAGAUUUCGUUGUGCUCGACAUGGAGGCUGAUGAGAGAGUUCCUAUUAUUCUAGGCCGUCCAUUCCUUCAAACCGCAAAGGCGAUCAUCGACGUCUUUGAUGGUAAGAUUUCUCUUCGUGCGGGUGACGAGAUUGUCACAUUCGAGAUAUAG